GCGCUGUCCAAUCAAGUGUAUAUUAACCCAUAGAGAUCCAUUUAGUGGCUUUCAACUAUCAUGUACACCCCGCCAACAAUCACUUCGGAUCUCAGAUACCAUGUUUCCAGAUCCCAGAAACAAGAGGGAGUUUAUAGGCGCGGAGGCCGCAAUUGCAGCCACUGCCCAGGACUGGAGCCCGGAGGUACGGGUGUCGCGCCGCCGCUGUCACUAGUCCUAAUCGCGCAGCCGAGUUCAUCAUUCUGGGCGCCCGAAACACACCAGUACCAGGAAACAAAAUGCCACGCUUGGAGGAGUGGGAGAUCAAGAAAUACUGGAAGAUUUUCCAGGGACUCAGCCCAGAAAACAACAAGCUAACGGGCGAAAAGGUGUCGCCCGUGUUGAAGAACUCGCGCUUGCCGGACGAGCAGUUGGCGCAAGUAUGGCAGUUGGCAGAUAUCGACAGCGACGGCAAGUUGGACUUUGAGGAGUUCUGCAUCACGAUGCGCCUUAUUUUUGACUUGGUGAACGGUGAGUCGCUGCUGGUGCCGGCACUGUUGCCUGGCUGGUUGAUACCCCUGCUGAAAGCACACUUGAUCCAGGCCAACCGGGCCGUGGCCACGGGCCAGAACUCGGCUAGCGGCUUUGCGCUGGACGACGACGACGACGCGCUUUCCGAUGACUUCGACUGGUACAUUUCUCCGACCGACCGCGCGACCUACGAGGCGAUAUACAACUCAAGCAGCGAUACCUAUGGGAGAGUCAGGUUCGAUUCCUUGCAAGGCUUGUACGACACGCUCAAGAACGUGCCCAAGCUAGACAUCUCUUCCGCGUGGAACUUGGUCAAUCCAAAGUCGUCCGAGACCAUUGACAAGGAUCAGGUGUUGGUGUUGUUGCACAUGCUCAACCAGCGUGAAAACGGGAAACGGAUGCCCAGAGGCGUGCCUGCGUCGUUACGCGCCACCUUCUCUAAGGAAGUGCCUAGUUAUGAUUUAAGCCUGACGCCCGCCCCGCGCAAAGAAGUGCUGGAGCCCUCUGCAAAUGACAAGAAGUCUUUCGGCACGAGCUACUUGACGAAGAUGGGGCAGACGCAGCAGCCUAGUCGCGGUACUGAUUUCUCGACGACCGAGGGCACAGACUGGGAGGAGGUGCGCUUGCGGCGAGAACUAGUGGACCUAGAAAAGCUACUUGAAAAAUCGCAGCAGGUGUCGGCUGCGCCCGUGGAGUCAAGCGAGCUGACUUUGUUGAAACACGAGUUUGAGCAGUUGUUGAAAUAUAAACAGGAGGUGUUGUCUGCAGCCAAGCAGCUGCCGCACAGCAAUAAGGACCUCAAGGAUGUUCGUAACGACGUUAACUUGAUCUCGAGUCAAGUUCAGAUGUUGGAGGAGUUUUUGAAAGAAAAGGAGGAGGAGUUGGGCGGGUUGAAGUCCCAGCUACGUGCUGCUUGAGGCGUUGCGGGCCUUGUGAUCAUGCAUUGCCGGCGGGAUCAUAGAACCAGAAAAGAGGGCAUGGCCUGCUGCAGGAAGUGCGUUUCCGACGUGUGGUCCGCCGGCGGUUGAUUCUCCUCUUCGGCCGAAACGGCGUUCCUCCGAGUCGGGACUGCAGGCGUUCAG